UUGACAAUUACAUCGAUUACUAUAAACAUUCUAAUAGUGAACCGUGACACUACAAUCGAAGGACUGUCUUUGAGAACGUUUUUUCGAGUUUUGGAUUAAAUAUUCCUGAAUGAAAGAAGAAUUAUUAAUUAACUGUCAGACCGCAUACUUCUGAAGUUUAUUGCACGUAUUUCGAGUGCUUAUAUGAAAAUGGCGCCAACCGGACAACUGAUGAUUGUUCAAUCGAAAUUCACCUCUGGAGAAAAUGUCAUUAUUGCCAUGGAAGCAUCGCUGAUUCAAGGCCGUGUAAAAGCUCCUCGAUUGCUUGCUCUUGUCAACAAGGGAACUACCAACGCACUUGUCAUUUUACUUACCUCUAGAAAUCCACCUCAAGUUUAUAGUGAUUUGACAAUCGAAAGAGUCAUUCCUAUUGAUCAGGACUUCAAAUGCGACAUAGAAACAGCGACUGAACAACAGGAUGGUUUAGACGUUCAUCUGAGUGUGUCGUCAAGAAAAUUACGUUUAGUUUUCGAAAUGCGUCCUGGGGUGGAAACUGGAGCAAUAGUUUCAGAAAUCUUUCGAGCUAUUGAAGUGUAUCAGAAGAAUAAGAGUUCAUCGACCGAUUACCUAUGGCUAAAAAAACUCACUGGAAGUACAAGAAAUUUGGAUUGUGCGGCUGGAGACGUUCGCGAUGUUUGUGAUCCACUCGUCGAUUUGGAAAGUCCAGAUUUGGUCGUUCCACGUCGAAAUAUAGCAAGCGGAAAAACACCUGUCGCUGCGAGAGAAUCGGUUGUUCGAUAUCAAAUGGCAUGCAAAGAAGAUGACUACACGUAUACUGAAAAAUUCAGAAUAUUCAUUGGAACGUGGAACGUAAAUGGACAACCAGCCAAUGGAAUAACAGUUGAGGAAUGGCUCAGCAGCGACGACGAACCACCAGAUUUAUAUGCCAUUGGUUUUCAAGAAUUGGAUUUAAGUAAAGAAGCUUUUUUGUUCAACGAUACACCACGAGAAGAAGAGUGGCGACAAGUCGUGAAAAAGUCAUUGCAUCCAAAGGGCGUUUAUCAUCAAGUUGCAAUAGUGAGAUUAGUCGGUAUGAUGCUUAUAGUAUUCGCUCAGGAAACUCAUUUGCCCUUCAUCAAGACAGUUUCGAUCGACACAGUUGGUACAGGCAUAAUGGGUAAAAUGGGUAACAAAGGAGGCGUGGCUGUCAGUAUGACGGUGCACAGUACGACUAUAUGCUUCGUCAACGCUCAUUUGGCAGCGCAUUGUGAAGAGUUUGAAAGAAGGAAUCAGGAUUACGCGGAUAUUUGCGCAAGGCUAUCAUUCGCUAAGUACAUGCCUCCAAAGAGUUUCAAGGACCAUGAUCAUAUUUAUUGGCUCGGUGAUUUGAAUUAUCGUAUAACCGAGAUGGAUGCGAUUGUCGCAAAAAAUCACAUUUCCGCUGGUCAUUACGAGCCUGUUUUGAUGCUCGAUCAAUUAUGUCAGCAACGAAAUCUCGGCCGUGUACUUCAUGGUUUUCAAGAAGCAAAAAUCACGUUUAAACCUACUUACAAAUACGAUCCUGGAACGGAUAAUUGGGAUUCGAGCGAAAAAGGCAGAGCUCCGGCUUGGUGCGAUCGUGUUCUCUGGAAAGGUGACUCUAUUACGUCGAUCGAUUACCGAAGUCACCCUGUGCUCAAGAUUUCUGAUCAUAAGCCAGUCAGUGCCACAUUCGAUUCACAAAUAAGAGUAAUAGACGUGGCUAAGUAUCGAAAAAUCCACGAAGAAGUGAUGAAGAAACUGGAUAAAUUGGAGAACGAAUUUUUACCUCAAGUGAUGGUCGACACGACUGAGAUUAUAUUCGACGAACUGAAAUUCCUCGAGCCUAGUAGUAAAGAGCUCAUAAUUGCGAACACAGGCCAGGUACCGGUCCAGUUUGAAUUUAUUAAGAAACUCGAUGAUACGAGCUACUGCAAAGACUGGCUGCACAUAGAACCUUACACUGGAUUCAUAAAACCAGGUGAGAAAUGUGACAUCAAGCUGGAAAUUUACGUUGACAAAAGAUCUGCCUGCAAAUUGAAUUCUGGGGAAGAUCAACUUUACGAUAUUCUAGUCCUACAUCUGGAAGGUGGAAAAGAUAUUUUUAUUACAGUCACAGGUACUUACGAGAGAAGUUGUUUCGGUUCGUCGAUGGAAGCUCUCGUGCAUAUUCCAGUUCCAAUUCGAGAAAUUGCAGUAGGCAGAAUAAUAGAACUCGAAAAUAACAAAAAUCCAGCUCAAGAUCCGUAUUCAGUGCCGAAAGAAGUUUGGUUUCUGGUCGAUCGUCUUUAUCGCCACGGUAUUAAAACCGCUGGACUUUUCGAAACGCCGGGGCUGCACAGCGAGAUUGUCACCAUACGCGACUGGCUUGACACUGGAAGCCAGGAAGCAAUGCCUGGUGGCGUUCAUUCGGUAGCUGAAUCGUUGCUUUUACUGCUCGAAUCUACUUCGGAACCUUUAGUCCCUUACAACCUUCACAAUGUCUGUCUGUCAGCAGCUACCAAUUACCUACAAUGCAAACAGAUUGUGAUGCAGCUGCCUGAAAUUCGAAGGAACGUGUUUCUGUACAUUUGUGCAUUUCUCCAAGAGCUUCUGAACCACUCGCAGGACAACGGUUUGGAUGCUAAAACUUUAGCAACUCUCUUCGGUUCAAUAUUCCUUCGCGAUCCACCGCGGAGUCGUGAGGAACGGAGUCAGCGAAGUCGCGCCACGCAAGCAACUUUCGAUCGAAAAAAAGCUGCUUUCGUUUACCACUUUUUGGUGAACGAUCAAAGUGACUUUCUCGGUCGAUAGAAAUACACCAGUUUAGUAUUAAUUUGCUGUCGGACGUGAGACGCCAAUGUUUAAAUGCCAGAAGGAACCGGAGCGUUGUAAUACGAUAAUCGCAGUAGGAUUAUUUUUUCUUUUGCAAGAGUCGUAAAACUCGAAAACGUAGCUUCUUUGAGCUUGCAAAACAAUACUGCCUCAAAUAUUGAAUAUAAAGGGCUAAGAGCUGAGUAGAUGAUUCUCACCGCAUAAUGACGUGAAUGCAGUUGAAAAUUGAUUUAAAAAUUAAUACGUUAUGUGGAAUGUUUCAGAAAAAUAUUUACAGCCAAAGUUUCGAUUCAAAUUGAAAAAUUGAUAUAAAUUCGAGUUUUUUGAUAAGUCAAUGUCAAGUUUUGACAAAAAAAUGGCUUUACAUCGAAUUUCGAUUUUUUUCACGUUAGAAUUUUCGGAAAUUUUGAAACCUUUGAAAAUUCUGGCUGUAAAUCAGUGUGUAAAGCAUUUUUGCAUUUACUCGUUGAACGCUUCUUUGUAUAGUGUAAUAUUUGAGUUGCAGAUUAUUUGUAGAAAAAUGGAAGAAAGAACAGCAGCGACGGUUGUACGUUUGAAAAAACAUGAAAUUUAACAUCCGAAAUGUUGUUCGGGCAAAUGUAAUAUUGCUGAUGGAUACUUUGAUAAUUUUUUUUUUAUCAAUAACGAAAAAAACAAUCUACAGAGUGUCCCAUGACCAAUGGUACAAGAUGCAAUCUCAUAUUCAGAGUCGAGUUUCGAGUUGGAACGUGUCCAACGUUUUUUUAUUAGCCUUCUACUUGUGGAUGCUUAUUUAUUGAAGUUUUUCUCGUAACUAAACACUAUGAGAUGAAAUCAGAAAUCAAAUUAAAAAUUUUAUAAUAAAGAGCAUAUUUCAAUCACCGUUACUUUCCUAAUGGCUGCGAGUAGAGCAGAAAUUCAUGGGACCGAUCUUGUAGAAAAUAAAAUUUCCUACAAAAAACUUCCUGACGGAAUUCUCGUGUCUGCAGUAAUUCAAUAGUGAGCGUGAUGCAGAAAAAACCAUUUUAUUUCAUAAAAAUUUCACUCCAUAGCAUUUCGAAAAAAAAUGGAUAAAAUUUGACUCUUAGGAAGUUACGAACAUGCAACAAUAAACUCAUCACGGUACUGUUGACCAAUUAGUUUGAAAAUCAAAGGAUUUAGAAAAUGUGACGUAACGAAGGACCACAAUUUGUUCGAUUAUUUGCAGAAAAAUAUUUUUUUUCUUGUUCAGCUCUGCAGAGUUGAAAUUUUGAUUUCCAAUCUUUCAGAACACUGGUUGUUCAACCUGAAAAUCGGCGUUAAGGAUACAUUUUGUAUCAUAAACUGGUGGGGCACUUUGUAUUUGGAACUUAAAUCAUGUUAAAAAACGAUUCGCUGUAUUUUUUUUGAAUACUCGAACAUAGAAUAACAUUUUUCAUAGUAAAAAAAAAAAUUAAUUGCUCCAUGGAGAUUUUAUCAUUGGAAUCACACUCGACCCGAUAGCUCCACGAAUUUAUUGUUUAAUCUUGCAUAAUACUCAUUUCCAAAGUACAAAAAAUUCAUUUUUUGGCAAAAUUUUCAUUUUAAAUAGCAUAGGUAGUUUUUCUUUUACUAGUACUCGUCUAAUAUAGAAAUAACAAUCGCCAUAUUCCCUUUGCGCGGACAAAAGCUUAAAGAAUUCCUCGAUUCGCAAAUUAUUUUGAGAUUCGUGAGGCGUUUUGGAAAUCGCGCUAAAUUAAAAUCGUUAGGGAAUCAAGCACUUGAUUUUUAUGCUCGAAAAACAAAACGAAAAACUUAUAUUUUUAUAAUUUUAUAAGAGUGAAAAUAAAAAAAAUCUUUGGAAAGAUUGCUCGGAAGGAAACGAGGGGAACUGGGCCGAUGAAUUUCAUGUACAAUUUCAAAUUGAUUGAUGUUAAUAUAAGAAACGCUGUUUGUAGUAUUAUGCCUGUUCGUAUAGUUUCGAUGCUAUAAAAUCAUAAUAAUAAACUUAAAAUACUAAAUAUUUUAUCGCUCAGUUAAAUUGUAAAAGCGUAUGUCAGAAAAAUUAGACAUUGAAUAACAAUGAAUUGGUUGAUCAAUUGAAUCAUUAACUAUCAUAGCGCAACCUCAUUUCAUUCUUAAGCAUUUUCUUGUCACUAGUCAUUCAAUUGAUACGAGAAUUAUCUGUCAGGGAUUAUAAAUAUAAAACUAUAUAAGAAAAUGAAAAAUUAAUCUCUUUUAACGCGAAACACUAUCGUCUCAAUGUGAAAGUAACAACCGAAGGAUUUGAUAAUUUAGUCGGUAGGGAGAAGAAGAACCUGUGGACGGUGAACAAGUUGUCAAUAAAGAAUACAAAAUGAAAAACUCGA